CAUGGCUCCCUGGAAAGAUCAGUGAACUUGGUAAUUCGCGGCAUUCCAGCUCGAGGGUGCAAUUCACACCAUACUGCGUCGCGAUACCACGAGAUCAAUCUCGAAAGAUAGCGUUGAUAUUUUUCUUUGAUCUCGUUGUUUCGGCCUGUCUUCUCCAGCGAGCUUAUUCGGAUCGGGUGAACCUUCUAGGUUCCCACCCGUAUUUUUUCGCACAUUCGACUGCUCGUCAGUAUCCAUGGCCGCGUCACUCUCCUCUCGCUACCUCACGCCAGCAUCAGGCGUGAAGGCCGUCGAAUCAAAGAGCUCAUUCGUCAAGUCCCGCGUUUCACUCGCUCAGGCGAAGCCGUGUGUGGUAACCACGUUUCGCGGCACGGGUGUCAGAUGCGAGGCUUCUGCUCGGCAGCGAAGGAACGACGUGUCAGCGAACGCUCAAGCGGUUGAAACGGAGGCUGCGACACAGCCGCUGAACAUCGCCGAGGAUGUUACACAGCUGAUCGGCAGCACCCCCAUGGUGUACCUCAACAAGGUGGUCGACGGCGCCGUCGCGACAAUCGCAGGGAAGCUCGAAAUCAUGGAGCCGUGCUGCAGCGUCAAGGACAGGAUCGCAUACAGCAUGAUCAACGACGCUGAGGAAAGAGGUGUCAUCGCGCCUGGCAAGAGCGUGCUGGUGGAGCCGACCUCGGGCAACACGGGCAUCGGGUUGGCGUUCAUAGCAGCGGCGAGGGGCUACAAGCUCGUCCUCACCAUGCCCGCCUCCAUGAGCCUCGAGCGCCGCGUGCUGCUCAAAGCCUUCGGGGCGGACCUGGUGCUGACGGACCCGGCCAAGGGCAUGAAGGGCGCCGUGGCCAAGGCGGAGGAGAUUGUGGGGAGCACCAAGAACGCGUACAUGCUGCAGCAGUUUGAGAACCCCGCUAAUCCCAAGGUGCACUUUGAGACAACGGGGCCGGAGAUCUGGGAGGACACAAACGGGCAGGUGGACAUUCUUAUAUCGGGGAUUGGCACGGGCGGCACUGUCACUGGUGUGGGGCGCUACCUGCGUAGCAAGAAGCCCGGUGUCAAGAUCAUUGGCGUGGAGCCCAAGGAGAGCGCCAUUCUUUCUGGCGGCAAGCCAGGCCCGCACAAGAUCCAGGGCAUUGGAGCUGGCUUUGUGCCGGGCAUCCUAGACGUGGGGCUUCUGGACGAGGUCAUUCCGGUGAGCAGUGAUGAUUCCGUGGCCAUGGCAAAGGACCUUGCUGUCAAGGAGGGCCUCCUGGUGGGCAUCUCGUCCGGUGCAGCGGUGGUUGCAGCGCUUCAAGUGGCAAAGCGGCCUGAGAAUGCCGGCAAGCUGGUGGUGGUAGUGCUGCCCAGCUUUGGCGAGCGCUAUCUGUCGUCGGUGCUCUUCUCCGCCCUACGGACAGAAGCAGAGCAGAUGACCCCCUCGGUCUGAAACAGCCUACAGCCUUUGGUUCGAGAUUGAUGUAGCUUGUUAGGUGGAAACGAGGUGGUUGCUGCAUGCUGUGUAUGCCGCCCCUUGUGUUGUGUUCAAUAGCACACUCAGUGCUGGGAGCAGAACUCUUCUCCCCACUGGGCAUACAGCACAACUCUUUCAGUCUCUGGUUGGAAGCAUGGUUAAUACCGUAUGCUGAAGCCAACAGCACCGAUAUUGCUGCCUAGUGUGCCUUUCUUUUGACCUGUUCCUGCAGAACAGCUGAUCCAUUCAUUGAUGUUACCAGGUUCAUGCUUCUGUCCUCUUCUGUUGU